ACAGUUGUAGAAGAGAGAAAACAAAGCAGAGUUGGAGAAGAGAGAAAACAAAGCAGGAGAUAUGCAGGAGAAGAAUCCAGUUCCAGCGGACAUAGUGUUCGAGAUUCUGUCGUGGUUGCCUGCGAAAUCUAUAGGCAGGUUCGUUUGCGUAUCAAAGUUAUGGGCAAGCAUCAUCCACGGUGAGGAUUUCGUCAGAUGGUUCUCGUUACGGUCUCACCCAAAGAAGCAGCAGCCUCUUUGCUUCUUCUUUGCUUUCACUGAUAGAAUAAAAGUGUUUUGUCAAGAAAACUGCAAAGCAGAGUUGGAGACGGUGCAGAAGAAGACUCCACUUCCCGAGAGGAUGAUACUGCUUGAUAUCCUGACGAGGUUGCCUUUGAAAACUAUAGGCAGGUUCAUUUACGUAUCCAGGUCAUGGGCAACAACCUUCCACUCUGUGCAAUUAGUCAAGCAGUAUCCCUUCCGCUAUGCCUCCAAUGAUAGAAGAAUAACAGGUUAUCAAGAAAACUGGCACUUUUUCUCCAAACCAACUCCUCCAGGUCCUCAUGUAGCGGAAGAGGAGAAGAAACCACCUCCUGAGUUUCUAUCAAGUACGGUGUGUCACUCCAAGGAAGUCCGUUACAGGGAGCCUAGUUAUGUCCAUGGGUUGAUCAGUUUUUAUAAUGGCCAGGAACAAUUCGUCAGUAAUCCCACCACCGGUCAAUCCAUAACCUUACCCACUCUCAACUCCACUGAUUGCAUCGUCAGAUCCUUUUUAGGAUAUGAUCCAAUCGAUGCCCGAUACAAAAUCUUGUGCUUGACCAAUGUUACUCGCUUCUGUGAGCAUCAAGUCCUCACAUUGGGAGGAGCUCAAUCUUGGAGAACGAUCCAAUGCUCCACUCCUCACCGUCCCUUAGGAACUGACUCUGUCUGCAUAGACGGCGUUUUAUAUUACACUGCCUCCGGUUCCUUUACCAUCACGGAACCACUCUUGAUAAGAUUUGAUUUGAGGUCUGAAACUUUGGAAAUUGCUUCCACACUUCCCGAGGGCAUAGGAUCUGAUAAGUUGCACGAAACAACUUUGAUAAACUACCAUGGGAAAGUAGCUCUUGUCACUCAAGUGCACCAACGCUACACUUUCACUUUCACUUUCACUCUGUGGGUUCUAGAGGACGCCAAGAAACAAGAUUGGUCGAAACAACUCCUAUCUGUCUCUCUAAAUGGUACUGACAGGCAACGCCAUUCCGGUCUGAAAAUGUUGGGCGUUUCUGAAACGGGAGAGUUUGUCUAUGCACCCAUCGAGAUUAAAGAGUUGAAUGUUUACUUUGUGGAUCACGAAAGCAACCGGAUUAGAACUGUCGAGCUGCAAGGAAACACCGAACACAAGUUUAGAGAUUUUGAUAAAGUAUUUACUUUCUUACAUCACGUAGAAAGUCUUAUGUUUAUUUAG